CAAAAAGAAAAUGUUAAAUGGGGGAAUUGGUAACAACAACAACAAAAAUGAAGAUGGGGGAGGAGGACCUCUUGCUGCUCGUAUGCGCAUUACUGACCCAAUGUUGCAAGCCGAAUGGGCCAAAAAACGUCUCAUUUGGGUUCCACAUGAAACUGAAGGUUUUGUAAAAGCAUCGAUAAUUAGUGAGGAUGCUGAUACUUAUACUGUUGAAUUUGUGGAAAAUGGACAUCAAUUACGUUUAAGUAAAGAUGAUUGUCAAAAAAUGAAUCCUCCAAAGUUUGACAAGGUUGAGGAUAUGGCUGAUCUCACGUGCCUUAACGAGCCUUCAGUUUUUGACAAUUUAAAGCAGCGUUAUUAUUCUGAAUUAAUUUAUACAUAUUCUGGUUUGUUCUGUGUUGUUAUGAAUCCAUAUAAAAAAUUGCCAAUUUAUUCUGAGGCUGUAAUUGAGUCUUAUAAAGGAAAGAAACGUAAUGAACGUCCACCUCAUGUUUUUGCUAUUGCUGACUGUGCUUAUAGAUCGAUGCUUCAAGAUCAUGAAGACCAAUCAAUUUUGUGUACCGGAGAAUCGGGUGCAGGCAAAACAGAAAAUACCAAAAAAGUCAUUCAAUAUUUGGCUCAUGUUGCUGGGGCUACCAGGCUUGGACAUCAUAAUAAAUUAGUUAAUACCUCAACUUCCAACGGUCUUUUGUGUUCUUCUCCAGCUAGAAGCCAUUCUAGUGUUGAUCAAAUUAAUUUGGUUGGAGAAUUGGAACAACAACUUUUACAGGCAAAUCCAAUAUUGGAAGCUUUUGGAAAUAGCAAAACUGUCAAAAACGAUAAUUCUUCGAGAUUUGGAAAAUUUAUUCGAAUCAAUUUCGAUUUGGCUGGUUAUAUUUCUGGUGCUAAUAUUGAAUUUUAUUUAUUGGAAAAGUCUCGUACAUGUCGUCAAGCAAAUGAUGAGCGUUCGUUUCAUGUAUUUUACCAAUUUUUGCGUGGAACUUCUGCAGAGGAAAAAGCAAGCUUUUUGCUCGAAGAUGUGAGUAAAUACAAAUUUUUGCAAAAUGGUUAUAUUACAUUACCGAAUGUUGAUGACGCUGCAGAAUUUCACAAUACAAUUCGUUCAAUGAAAAUUAUGGGCUUUCAUGAUGAUGAAAUUAAUUCUGUUCUUCGUGUUGUUAGUGCUGUUCUUUUGCUUGGAAAUAUUGAAUUUAAACAGGAGAAGAAUAGUGACCAGGCAACUCUGCCUGAUGAUACAGUUGCUCAAAAAAUUUGCCAUUUGCUUGGCCUUCCUGUCGCCGAUUUUACCAAAGCAUUCCUUCGCCCUCGCAUUAAAGUUGGGCGUGAACAUGUACAAAAAGCUCAAAACAAAGAACAAGCUGAAUUUGGAGUUGAGGCAAUUGGGAAAGCUUGUUAUGAGAGAAUGUUUAAAUGGUUGGUUAGCCGAAUCAAUAAAUCGUUGGAUCGAACAAGGCGAACUGGAACAUCGUUUAUUGGAAUUUUGGAUAUUGCUGGAUUUGAAAUAUUUAAAUUGAACAGUUUUGAGCAGCUUUGUAUUAACUAUACAAACGAGAAAUUACAACAACUUUUCAACAAUACAAUGUUUGUUUUGGAGCAAGAAGAAUACCAGCGAGAAGGAAUUGAUUGGCAAUUUAUUGAUUUUGGGUUAGAUUUGCAACCUACAAUUGAGUUGAUUGAAAAGCCAACAGGAAUUCUCGCAUUAUUAGAUGAACAAUGUAUUUUCCCUAAAGCUACAGACAAAUCUUUUGUUGAAAAAUUGUUUACUUAUCAUGAAAAACAUGAAAAGUUUGUUGUUCCAGAAAUGCGAUCAAAAUCAGAUUUUGCUGUAAUGCAUUAUGCGGGUAGAGUUGAUUAUUAUUCUGAUAAAUGGUUAAUGAAGAAUAUGGACCCUUUGAAUGAAAAUGUUGUACAAUUAAUGCAAAAUAGUACUGAUCAAUUUUUGGCUGGGAUAUGGAAAGAUGCUGAAUUUGCUGGAAUGGGAGUAACAGAAUUAAAUGAUACAGUUUUUGGUGUUCGUACAAAAAAGGGAAUGUUUCGAACUGUUGGGCAUAUGCAUAAGGAACAAUUAAAUAAAUUAAUGACUACAUUACGCAAUACUUUUCCUCAUUUUGUUCGUUGUAUUAUUCCAAAUCAUGACAAAAAGCCUCUAAAAAUCAAUGCCCAUCUUGUCUUGGAACAGCUUCGAUGUAAUGGCGUUCUCGAAGGAAUUCGAAUUUGUCGUCAAGGCUUUCCAAACCGAAUACCAUUCCAAGAAUUCCGUCAUCGUUAUGAAAUUCUUACACCGAAUUUAAUUCCAAAAAGUUUUGUUGAUGGAAAAGAGGCUUGCAAGCGUAUCAUAGAGGCACUUGAAUUGGAUAAAUAUUAUUAUCGAAUUGGUCAAUCCAAAGUAUUUUUCCGUGCUGGAAUGCUUGCACAUUUGGAAGAAGAACGUGACCGAAAACUUUGUGGACUUAUUAUAAGCUUUCAAUCUCAAUGCCGAGCUUAUCUAGCCAGACGUUUAUAUCAAAAACGUGUUCAACAAUCCAAUGCUAUUCGAAUUUUGCAACGUAAUGGAUUGGCUUGGUUAAAAUUACGUGAUUGGCAAUGGUGGCGUUUAUAUACAAAAGUGAAGCCGUUGUUGCAGGUUACCAAUCAAGAAGAAGCAAUUCGUAAACGUGACGAAGAAUUAAAUGUUGAAUCAGAUGAUCGUGCUGGAGCAGAAGAAUUGGCAGAUGAAUUAAAACAACGAAAUAUUAAAUUUGAAGAUGUUGUGAAUGAAUUGACUCUUCGUUUAGAGGAAGUUGAUGAAGCACAAUCAAAAAUUUUACAAUCAAAUAAAAAGUUGGAUGAAACUGUCAAAGAUUUGGAAUCUCAACUUGAAGAUGAAGAAUCUGCUCGACAAAAAUUAAUGUUGGACAAAAAGAAUUUGGAAAAUAAAUUGAAAGAAUUGCAAGAACGUUUUGCUUUAAUGCAAGAUGCUAAUGAACGUUUACAAUUGGAAAAGAAAAGUGUUGAUAAUAAACUUGUUCAACUUUCUGAUCUUUUGCAAGAAGGUGAAGAUAAAGCCAAACAAGGAAUGAAGUAUAGACAAAAGUUGGAAAACCAACUUAGCGAACUCACAGAACGUUAUGAAUCUGAGCUUCGAUUACGUGAAUUUGCUGAAAAAGAAAAGAAAAAUAUUGCCUCAGGAAUUGCUCAACAAUCAUCUAUGCUCGAUGAAAAACAUUCAAAAAUUGAAUAUUUAACAACAGAAUUGGGUAAAUAUGAGGCUGAAUUGGUUCAAUUACGAAACAAAUCUGAUGAUGAUUUGGCAACAAUUUCUGGACUUCAAAAACAUUCUCGAAAAUUGGAAUUAUUGUUGGAAGAGGCUAGAGAAGAUUUGGAACAAGAAAAGAAACAGAAAUUGGCUUUGCAAUCAAAAUUACGACAAUUGGAGCAGGAAUUGGCUGAUGUUCAAGCUUUGCAAGAAGAACAAGAAAUUGAAAAGCAUCAAAUUUUGAAUGAAUUGGAUAGUGCUAGGUUACAAUUAAAAGAUUCUAAAAAACGUGUUGAUGAGGAUGUUAUUCAACAAUAUGAGGAACAACUUAAACGUUUUACUAAAGAUUUGGAUAAUGUUCAGCAACAAUUGGUGGAUGCUGAAGCUGCCCAAAAGAGAAUUGAAAAUUCUAAAAAGAAAUUGCAACAAGAGUUUGAAGAUCUUCAAAAUGAAUUGGAUCAAUCAAAUAUGGAGAAAGCUGCAUUGCUGCGGAAGAUGAAAAUGAUUGAGAGGAUUAUUACAAAAUGA